AUGGACAAGAAGGUAAGGCGCGGUGGUGGUAUAGAGGAGAGUGAUGGCAUCUAUGUUAGUUGGGGCUACAGCUGUGUCGGUGAUCCUGCAGAGUUCAAUUUUCAGACAAGAAGCCAUGAUGUCGUAGCUGUGACAAAGUCUGGAUAUGAUGCUUGCUCCGGCAAUGAUCAGAUAGCGUCUCCGGUGAACAACGGCCCAGCCAAUAUCCCCUUAUCCUCUGCAGGGGGAUACUACUACAUAUGCAGCUUCUCCGGCCAUUUCUAUGCAGGGCAGAAGCUAACCAUUAAUGUUGAAUCCUUGCCAUCUAGCUCCGGCAAUGCACCUUCACCCAGGUUGGGAGCUCCUCCUCCACCUUCCAGCUAA